AUGGAGCUACAUAAGCAUCCUCGGAAUUCUCUUACUCCCUUCGAGGGCGAAACAUAAAAUUUUGUUCGCUAACGGAGGGGGAGUAAUUUUUUUUCAAAUUUUAAAAAUUCCAAUUCGCAAAAAAUUAGAAACAAAUAUUAAUUUAAUUUAAUAAAUUUAUGUUUUAAAAUGCAAAUUGUUUAAAAUUAAACAGAAUUAGCUAGAGAUGUCAUAUAAUAAUUAUCACUUAUAUAUCAAAUUUUUUCACAUAAAAUUUUUAUAUUAAAAAAUUUUUGUCGCUCACGGAUGAUAGGUUUUUGGGAAAAAACGGAUUUUCCAAUGGUCUUGUUUGCUAAUGGAGGGGGAGUCAGCAUAGGCGAAACUGUUACCUUGGAAAAAAUUACUAUGAGAUAUCCAUUUGUGGCGACCCCAACUACGACGACAAGAUCACAUUCAUAUCUAAAAAUUUACACAACAGCACAUAAAUCAAGAGAAAACUCUGCAAAUCGCCUCAAAACAAGAACUCAAAAAUGUGUUACCAGAAGAAAUUCUCUUGUUGAUUUGAUUCAAGGGAACAUUGAAGAAAAAAAGCCAGACAAAGUAAAAAUCAUUGAGGAAAACAAAUUUAAUGCGGCAAGACGGAACUUGCUGCAGGCCAGAAGUGAUUUUCUUGAACUUAAGCGAGAUUUGUCAACUUAUGAAUAUAAUAUGACUGAACAAAUCAGCGUAACCACAAAAUUAGCAAGAUUAAACAAAAAAUCAUCAAAUUUCCCAAAAAUUACUUAUAAAUUGCAAGAUUUUUAUAAAGAUUGCGAUAUUCAUGUAAAAAAAUUUCAAAUUGACUUAGAAAAAAUUUUUUAUGAAAAAAAAAAUUUGAUAUAUAAGUGAUAAUUAGAUAAUGAAAUCUAUAGCUAAUUCUGGUUAAUUUUAAACAAAUUGUGUUUUUAAAACAUAAAUUUUAUAAAUUAAAUUAAGAUUUGCUUCCCAAUUUUUGCAAAUUAGGAUUUUUUUAAAAUUUCGAAAAAAUUUUUUUUCUAUAAAAUUUAUAUAUAAUUUUUUAAAAUAAAAAAUUAACCCCCUCCGUGAGUGAACAAAGUUUUUUUGUUCACUCACGGAGGGGGGGGAGUUAGAAAAAUAAAAAAAAAUUGCCUAUUAGUUUUGAUGCAAAAAAUGAUAGAAAUUACAUAAAGGAAAAAUUAGAGGUAAGGGAUUAUAUUAACUUCAGGAAAAUGCAUUUAAAAUACCAGUCUUGUGCAUGUAUAUCUGGAAUUCAUUGUAUUGUUCAAGUUCUAUGCAAUUCGCUUUAUUCAAGUGUCACAGCUGUUGCCCUGCUGCCAAGUGGCCAAAUUUUGAGCACAUUUGUGGAUAAUAAAGUAGUAGUUUCGACAUAUGGUGAUUUAAAAGCUGCUUUUAAAUCCAAAAUAAUCCCAAAACACAAUAUUAAAAAUGUCAGUUAGGAAUAGGUCCUAACUUCUGCUACGCAGAUCUGGGUCCUAUCAUCCGAGUUAGUGAGAUAAGUCAAGCUUCUUGAGAGUCUCGGCUUGAAGAGAAGAGGUCGGUGCUGAGGCUGGCACUGACUAGAGAAGUCCCUAACGGGCUUAUUAGCUUUAACGGGUUGACGGUUAGGCCGGUCUACCUACCGUUACCCAGAGCUAUUAAUGUAGCUUGGACCCUCAACUAAAAGAAGGCUGGACGCAAUUAGCCAGAGUAAUUCGUUAAACUUAAACUUAAACUUAAAAAUCCCAAAACUAUAUUUUACAAUUACAAAAAAUGACAUGAAUCUUCAUUGAGACCCAAACUAUGGGGUUACAUUUUAUACAUUAAUUUUAAAAAUCAAAGGAGAAAGCCUUCCAUAUUCUAUGAUAAAGCUCUCAGAUUUUGAAAAGAAAGAAAUUACAAUUUGUCAUGGAAUUUCAGCUAUAGAAAUCCCAUUUUCCAAUCUAAAAGUUAAAUCCCUAGAGCGAACGAAUUACUUGAAAUUGAAAUCGAUCCUUUCUAAGCAUUUAAUGUAUGACGAAGAAAACGAAGUUAUUCAAUGAAACUCUAGCUUUCCCCCGUGAUCGGAAAAAAAAUUUGUGGGAAUUAAUUUUUUUUUUUGAAAUUUAAAAAAAAAUUCUAACUGGAAAGGAAAUAUUAAUUUAAUAAAUUUUAUAUUUUAAAAUGCAAGCUGUUUAAAAUUAAACAGAAUCAUUUCAUUAUGACAAUUAUCACUUAUAUAAAAAUUUUUGUUCACUCACAGAGGGUAGUAGGUUUGGGCAAAAAAUCGGGAUUUUUCCAAUGGUUAAUUCUCUCAUGGAGGGUGGAGGGUAGAGGGUGGAGUAAGCAGUUUUCGAUUUUUGAAAACAAAGAAAAGGAUUCAAUGUAUAUGAAUAUUGAUUAUAUUUAUGAAGUAUUAGGGAUAAGAAUGUUUCAGUUUCAUUCAUCGUAUUUCAUGGAUGACAGAAGCAUAAAAAUUGAAAUUUGGACUUAUAAAGAGCAUUAUCUAGUCAAAAUUUACAAAAAUUUAGAAUUGGAACUUGAGGUAGAGUCUGGGUCAGACGACUAUAAAUUUUUGCACAGUCUUCAGCAAAUGGAUUUUGUGAGGAAUCCAAUCACUUUUUCGAAGUCAUUAGAGCUUACGACAUUUUUAAAGAAAAUUGAUAGUAAAUAA